GUUGAGGCUGCCCAACUGCCAAGAGUCAGACACAUUCAGCAGCUCGAGACACACCACACCGAAGAACCUGCGAGAGAAGAGAGCCGCUGCUGCUGGGGAGUAAACGAUGCUUUCCUCUUUUUGGGAUUCAUUCGAAUUACGAAAUUGUGGAUUUAUACGUGUUUGUGGAAGAUAUUGAAUUCAAAAGGAUAUUAGGCUACACGGAAUUGAUACUUAAUCAUCAUUAAAGGGGAUAGAGGGUGAGACGGUGCCAUGACAGUUGACUUGUGAUUGCAUCUAGAAGAGCCUAGAAGCCAACAUUCACCUGCAUUACCGUCAUCUCUAAGUUGGAACAUUAUCAUCAUGAAGAAAAUGUCUAACACCCUCCCGCUCUGUCUGCUUACCAUUCUGCUGUUGUCCCAGAUCUGCUCCGGUAUCAAAUGGCUGGCCCUAUCACACACACCUGUGUCCUUACACAUCAACCAGACCCACCACUGCAAGCUGCUGCCGGGCCUGGUGUCCUCACAAGCCCAGCUGUGUCGGAGCAACCUGGAGCUCAUGCAGACCAUCAUCGCUGCAGCUCGCGAGGUCAAGAAGACCUGCCAGAAGACCUUCGCUGACAUGCGCUGGAACUGUUCCUCUAUUGAAAUCCCCAGUGACUCCUCGAGGUAUCGACCGGACCUUGACAGAGGCACAAGGGAGUCAGCGUUCGUGUACGCCCUGUCCGCGGCAGCCAUCAGCCACACCAUCGCGCGGGCGUGCACAUCAGGGGACCUGCGGCUGUGUUCAUGUGGCCCCAUCCCCGGAGAGAUCCCCGAGCCAGGCUACCGCUGGGGUGGCUGUGCAGACAACCUGCACUACGGCCUGGUCAUGGGCUCCAAGUUCUCUGACGCCCCCAUGAAGAUGAAGAAGGCAGGCUCCCACGCCAACAAGCUGAUGCACCUGCACAACAGUGAAGUGGGGAGACAGGCCCUGAGGGAUGCGCUGGUGAUGAAAUGUAAGUGUCAUGGUGUGUCUGGCUCUUGCUCCAUACGGACCUGCUGGAGAGGCCUGCAGGACCUGAAGGAUAUCGCCAUGGACCUGAAGACCAAGUACCUGUCAGCCACCAAGGUGGUGCACAGACCCAUGGGUACGCGCAAGCAGCUGGUCCCCAAGGACAUCGACAUCAGGCCCGUUAGGGAAAACGAGCUGGUUUACUUGCAGAGCUCCCCAGACUUCUGCGCCAAGAACGACAAGCUCGGCUCCAUUGGCACCCAGGACAGGCAGUGCAACAAGACGUCCAUCGGCAGCGACAGCUGCGACCUGAUGUGCUGUGGGCGAGGCUACAACCCCUACACAGAGAAGCUGGUGGAACGCUGCCACUGCAAGUACCACUGGUGCUGCUAUGUCACAUGUAAGAAGUGUGAGAGGAUUGUGGAGAGAUACGUCUGCAAAUGAGUCCAUGUUGUCUACUUCAUCCAUCCAGUCUCUGAGCUGGGACACAGAUAACCAAAGCACUACGUUUCCAAGAUGGCUUACUUUUGUCUUAAGCUUUAGCAUGUAUAUUUUGACAAGAAACAGUUUAUUUUUGUUCAUAAUUCUUUAUUAAACUCUGACCCACAAGCUGGACUAAAAAGUUAAACAUUUUUACGAAUGUGGACAAAUGGGUGUUGUGACAAUGCCUAUCGGUUUACGUGAAGACCACCGUCCUCAAGGGUUUUUUCUUUCCUUACACUUGCUAUACUUGGAUAUCAAAAGUCUAUUUUCAUAUACCUUUAUUAAAAUAAAUGAUAUUGGAUGUUUGUUUUUUUGUACUUCUGGUCACGCUCUGAUGUUGACGUUCACAGUUUCCACAGAGUUCAAAGGCUUCUGAAGGAUCCAUAUUUUUUAUUGCUCAAAUGAUACUUGUUUUUUCAAGAGAGAAAGACACGCAAAGGAAGAGAGGAAAAAGGUACAAAACACACAAAGGGAACUUCAAGUACUUUCAGUCAUGGAACUUUUUUAGUAACUGGUGUUGAACUGUGGACACUUGAACUCGAAUGGGGACUCGCCUGCAGACAGAAAGUUCUGUGUGCAUCCUCAGAAAAAGGAAAAAUAACUCCCAGUGUUAGAAACAGCACAUCAUCCCUAUAAUGUCUGACAUGCAGGUAGUCCAAAGCCUAACGCUCAGAGCAUGUGAACAGAACACAUCGGUCUCAUAUAAUCCUGUGUUAUUAUCAACCACUCUUGAGUGGAUGUACAUACUGUCUUUUUGUAUGCUGAAUUAAAUAAUUAAAUAUUUAUAAACUAAUUAAAUAAUUUUUACCAAGCUCGUAAAAAAAUUCCCAAGACCGCACAUUAUCAGCAUCAUCAUCAUCAUCAUGGUGAAAAACUUGUUGGUCAUUUAGAAAAAACUUGUCAAGAGAACUCCAUAAUCUCACAAGUUGAUGUUUUUGGAAUAGACUAGCUAUAUUUCUUCCCCUCAAAGCAUUACUGUUUUAAUCUCCAAGUGUUAAGAAAAUAAACAUUUCACACAAUCAUCUGUGAACCUAUGAUAAAUGAACACACUUGUGAUGUGUUGUAGUGUUUCAUCUCAAGGCCAAUUGGGAUCAACCUCUCAAUUACAAAAUACCUGGGAAACUGUUUGUUUGGACAUUCCUCACUGUCACAAAGACCAUUGUAAGAAAGCUUUAAUUUUAUCACAGGUUUAGCCUAACGCUCAUAUGAAUUAGGUGAGAUCUUGGAAGUGGUUAAACCUCCAAUUAAAAAAAUAAAAUAAAUCUAAUUUAUUUGAAUACAAAGGGUUAGGUUGUUA